UCCAGGACACUGACUUGCCAGCAUGUCUGAGGACUACAGCAUCUACACUGGACAGAAGAAGACCUUUACUAUCCCCGACUAUGUUCUUUUCAGUCUCACCUUGGCAGUUUCGGCUGGGAUCGGACUUUUCUAUGCCAUCAAAGAUAGAAACAAUGUGAAUUCAAAGGAGUACCUUUCAGGCGGUAAAGAUAUGUCUGUCCUCCCCGUGUCCAUAUCGCUGCUGGUGACAUUUCUCUCUGCAUUGACGUUGCUGGGGACGCCGGCUGAGAUGUACAAGUACACGACUAUGUUUUGGUGGUUAUGCCUUGCAUUUAUUUUUGCAAUGGUCAUUGCCUCAGUAGUAUUCAUUCCAUUCUUCUAUGAUCUGGACGUGACAAGCGUAUUUCAGUACCUAGAGCUGCGUUUCAGCAAGCCUGUCCGUGUUCUCGCCUCCCUGAUCUACAUUUUGCAAACUUGUGCGUAUAUGUCGUUCGUCCUCUAUGCUCCAUCGCUGGCUCUGAAUGCGGUGACUGGAUUUGAUUUAUGGGGAUCUCUGGUGGCUGUUGGAAUCAUUGUGACGGUGUAUACAGCUCUGGGGGGCAUGAAGGCUGUGUUGUGGGCAAACACCUUCCAGGCGUCUGUCAUUUUUGCGGGGUUGUUCGCUGUCCUCAUCCAGGGUUCCAUCGUCAUGGGUGGCUUCAAGAACGCCUGGGACAUCGCCGGGAAUAGAUCAAGGAUUUACUUCCACGACUUCAGCUUUGACCCCACUACCCGCCACUCUUUCUGGUCGGUUGUUGUGGGCGGGUCCUUCUUCUGGAUGUCACUGUAUGGAGUUAACCAGGCUCAAGUUCAGAAAUCCUUGUCUUGUCCAUCUGUAUUUAAAGCCAAACUGGCAUUCGCUGUGACCUUACCAGGCCUCAUCCUCAUAGUCAGCCUCUGCUGCAUGAUCGGCAUCGUCAUGUACGCCUUCUACGCCGACUGCCACCCCAUCAAGUUCAACAACCUAAUCAGCAAAACAGAUCAGCUCCUGCCAUUGUAUGUAAUGGACAUCUUGGGCCAUAUUCCCGGAAUACCUGGAGUGUUUGUGUCUUCUCUCUUCAGCGGAAGUUUGAGCACCAUAUCCUCCUCCUUGAACGCCUUGGGAGCUGUUAUCCCCUGCGACUUCAUCAAGCCAUACUGCUGCCCCAACCUUUCUGAUAGGGCCAUGACCAUUCUUUCGAAGACCAUAGUCUUCAUAUUCGGGGGUGUUGCUAUUGGCCUGGCCGUCCUGGUGUCUCAACUUGGGUCUGUGAUGCAGACCUCCUACACUAUCUACAGCAUCCUCAAUGGACCGUCGUUUGGGUUGUUUGUUCUGGGCAUGUUCUUCCCCUGGGCAAACGCAUGGGGAGCGUUUGUUGGUGCUCUGACCUCCCUGGUCUUCAUGUGCUGGGUCGGAUUCGGUGCAUUCGCCAAGGUUUCCACUGACAAUUCUUCCCCUGUCUUCACUCACGGCUGCAACUGGUCCGUCACAACGACAGCGAUGACUUCCACCACAACACUAGGGACUACAACCACAUCCGUGAUGACAACGGUUGCAGCGUCAAGCGACCCGUUCAUACCGAUGUACAAGUUAUCUUAUCUCUACUACACGCCGACGGCGAUGGCAGUGCUCGUCAUCGUGGGAUUGUUCGUCAGCCUCAUCACUGGUUUGCAACGGCCAGAGAGUAUUGACCCUCGUCUUGUCUGUCCUCUGUUUGACCGCCUCUUCCCUUGUAUGCCAGAGAUGAUACUCAGACCUCUCAGAUGCGGGGUCAAACAUAAGAGGAAGUACAGGAAACAGGAUCUUGAAGAACCUGACGAGUUACCGGAGAAGAUCCAGUCCGAUCACUACGUCGUUGAGUCGCCCGCAGACGUAGAAGCAGGUGACGUGAAAGGUGGCGCCAUUGAUCGAUGUUUUGACCCGAUAGGCGAGGAAACCUCGAAACCGGAAGAAUUAGUUACACAUUUGUAAAAGGUGUCUGGAAUACAAACAAGAAGAGAAUUGUUUGAAAUCACAAUUUCGUUUGUUUGUUUUUUGUUUAACGGCGCACUCAGCAGUAUUCCAGCUUUA